GCAGCUCUAUCCUUUAAAGGCCCCGUUAGCGAGCACCAUCCGGAAACCGGGGUGUCGGAGUGGGGCCUGGAGGGUCUUUCAUCCAGAGGGAGUGGGAGGCGGCGUCCCUGUCAGCGCAGAGAAAGCGAAAGCGAAAGCGACCUUCCCUUUCAGCCCUCCGUCUGCCACACCCGAGGUCGAGACUGCAGCCCCCCCCCCCACCUCCUUCUGCGGAAUCGGAGGCCCCGGGAAGGCAGCCUCUUAUCUCCCGAAAAACCACUUCAGUUUUGUUAAUCAGCUUCAUAAUUAUCCCACCCAUUUUUUUUCUUCUCUCUUUCCUUUUUUAUAUUCUCGCAAAUGCGUGAAAUCGAGGGACGCUUCGCCCGCGUUUCUGGGCCUGCUUGGAUAUUUGGGGCCCGAGAAUAAAGCAGCCUCUUUCUUCCCGGGACUGUUUGGCCCCGAGAAAGAUCGGGGGGCGGCGGGGGAGGUUUCUUACAGACAUGGGGGAGGCCUUUGGGCUGGAAAGAGCCCUCGCAGGCCAUGCCCUCCCACCAGAUUUCCACGACGUGGCCAGGCAAAACUGCCCAUUUUUCUGCCCAAACAGAAAUUCGCGUCCGUCGCCUGCACGGACAGAGAGGAGUAAGCUGUCCGGAAAGAGGCCCUUAAAGGGGGGCAGAAGCGAGGCCGGAGCCCCUUUCGCCUUUCCGUCCCGCCCCCCCUUUUUCUUGCUCUUUGAAACCGUCGGGAGUGGGGUACAGGGAAGUCCGGCGGGGCGCUCGGGGUGGGCUCUGCUCCCCUGGCCGCGCCUGUCAGAGGAAGCGGCCCUGUCCCGGCCGGGGUCUGGUGGCAGCGGAGGGCCCCGGAUGCGAAGUCACCAGAGUCAGAGGGCCCCUAAAGCGCCUGCCAGAUUGCCCAGCGGGUCUGGGGCGCGAGCCCGGAGCCACGAAGGCCCCUUCCUGCUCAGGCUCUCUCCGCCGACACAGACCCAGACGGAAACGCUGGAAUCGCCCGGCCCGACCACGGAAGAAGAGUCCCGAAUAAAAACAAUCAUAUUUGGGAGGGAGAUUAUGUUAAGCCCAACUUUCACCCCCACCCCCCCACCGGCCUGUCCCGGACCCUGAGCCACUAGUGCAGCGAGGCCUCCGAAGCGGCCAGGAGCAGAAUUUGCCGCCAGAUCAGCCGAGCGACCGCCAGGGGUCGCCGCACCGGCAGGAAUUGGGGGGUCCCUGGGGGUGGGCGGGGAGCGAAUUUCUUGGCCGGAGGCCGCAGGACGAGCCAAGACCACCGGGGACCGAAGGGAAAGCCCUGGCAGAGGAAGGCCGGCCGGAGGGAAAAGCGGACGGGUCCGAACAGCGCCAGCUUCGCCCCGCUCCAACCGCCCCGCUCCAACCGCCCCGUCCUGUCCCGGAGACCCACCUGGUGGCCGAGCGGCCGCGCGCCCCUGGCUCCAGUCGGCUCUCCCGCGCGCCGGUCCCCUCGACGGGGCGGUCUGGGCUCCCGGCAGAGCGCGGCCGGUCCUGCUCCGAUGGGCGCGCCGCGCUGGCCCCGCCCUGCUGCCGGGGGCCCAGCCUUCCCCUGCCUGCCCCCUUUGCCGGGAGGGGGUCGCGGCGCGGUCUCCUCCCCGGGGCUGCUCCUCCGGGACCCCGCCGGUGGCUCCUCCUCCCGCCGCUCGCUUCCAGCCCCGCUGCCCGCCCGCCCGCUCGCCUGCUAGCUCGGCGCUCGCUGGCUGGCUGGCUCGGAGGCGGAGGAAGCCGCGGCGGCUCCUUGAACACGCCCGAGUUCAGCCCGGGGUCAGGCGGAGUUCGCGGCCCGGCCUUUACCUUUUCCGCCGCCGCGGCGCUCCCGGCACAUGGGGACCAGCCGGCACAGCCUCCACCAAGCGGCCUGAGGCGCUGCGAGGGGCGCAGAGGAGCCGCCGCCGCCGCCGCCGCCGCCGUGGCAGCCGGGCAGAGCCAUGCGUGUGCACGCCGACCUCGCCUGCCUGGCCGAUCCGACGGGGCUUCCAGGCGCAGCGAUGUUGGAUACCUCGGAGGCGACGGGCCACUCCCGGCAGCUGCUGCUCCAGCUCAACGCGCAGCGCACCAAGGGCUUCCUCUGCGACGUGAUCCUGGUGGUGCAGAACGCGCUUUUCCGCGCGCACAAGAACGUGCUGGCGGCCAGCAGCGCCUACCUCAAGGCCUUGGUGGUGCACGACAACCUCAUCAACCUGGACCAGGAGAUGGUCAGCCCGGCCGUCUUCCGCGCCGUCCUCGACUUCAUCUACACCGGCCGCCUGGGCCCCGACGCCGAUGGCGAGGCUGAGCCGGCCGGCGGAGGAAACCCCGAGCCCGCCUUGGGAGCCGUCCUGGCCGCCGCCAGCUACCUCCAGAUCCCGGACCUGGUGGCCUUGUGCAAGAGGAAGCUGAAGCGCUCCGGCAAAUACUACCAGCUGCGCGGCGGCGGCGGCAGCGGCGGCGGCGGGAGCUUUUCGGCCUCGGCGCCCUUUGGAAAGCUGGCCAGGGGUCUCCGCGCCGCCACGCCGGUUAUCCAGAGUUGCUUCGGGGCUCCGCCGCGGCCGGUGGAGCCAAGCAAUCCGCUCAGCACCCACUGCGGGGAGCUGUACGCCGCCGCCGCCGCCCACCCACACGGGCUGUGCCCUCCGCUCUGCGGCCUGGACCUCUCCAAGAAGAGCCCGAACGGACCCUCCCCGCAGCUGCCCCCGCAGCCCCCCUCCGAGAGCCGCCUCAGAGCAGCGGUGGAGAGCCGCGAGGGCAUCCUGCCGCCCCGACCCGAGAGCCCGGCCUUGCUGCCUCCCCACGCGGCCUUCGGGGAGCCCGGCUCCACCGCCCCUCUCCAGGCCGCCUUCCCCCACCUGCACCAUCGCGGCAACGGCGGCAGCAGCCCCGGGACAGAGCCCAGCGCUCGCGUGGAGGUGGCGCCCGAAUUCCUGUACCGCUGGAUGAAGCACGAGCCGCUGGUGGCGGGCUACGUCCUGGAUGAGGAGGAGGAGGAGGACGACGACGAGGAGGGCGACUGUGGCGGCGCCCGACGGGAGCAGGGCAGCGGCGGCGGCGAGCGAGAACUGGAGCCCCAGGCCCCGUCGCCUCCCGGGCCGCCCCCGCACCACUACCUGGAGAGCGCGGAGCCCGACGGGGAGGCGGAGGACCUGGAACCCGACAAGAGCACCAGCGAGGAAACGGGCUGCAGCAGCGGCGGCCCUUCUCCCGCGGGGGGCAGCCUGGAGCGCUACCUGGGCUACGAGCCCGAGAGCUUCGGAGGGGACAACCUCUACGUGUGCAUCCCCUGCGGGAAGGGCUUCCCGUCCUCCGAGCAGCUGAACGCGCACGUGGAGGCGCACAACGAGGAGGACGAGCUGUACCGCAAGGAGGCGGCCGAGGCGGCGGCGGCGGCGGCGGCGGGGCAGGGCUCGCCCUACCUGGACAAGGCGCCCCCGCUGCCCGCGCCCCCUCCGCCCUUGCCCCCCUCGGGGGGCCCGGCCGGCUGCGACCUGCUGCGCCCCUACCGCUGCGCCUCCUGCGACAAGGCCUACAAGGACCCGGCCACGCUGCGCCAGCACGAGAAGACGCAUUGGCUGACGCGGCCCUACCCCUGCUCCAUCUGCGGCAAGAAAUUCACGCAGCGCGGCACCAUGACCCGCCACAUGCGCAGCCACCUGGGCCUGAAGCCCUUCGCCUGCGACGCCUGCGGGAUGCGCUUCACCCGCCAGUACCGCCUGACCGAGCACAUGCGCAUCCACUCCGGCGAGAAGCCCUACGAGUGCCAGGUGUGCGGGGGGAAGUUCGCCCAGCAGCGCAACCUGCUCAGCCACAUGAAGAUGCACGCCGCCGCCGCCGCCGCCGCCGCCGCCCCCGACGGGAAGCUGAAGCUGGACUUCCCCGAGGGGGUGCUGGCCAUGGCCCGGCUGGCGCAGCAGCAGCAGUCGCCGCCGCCGGACAAGGAGCUCUUCCACCACACCUCGCACUUCUUGGCCGCCGCUGCCGCCGCCGCCGCCGCCGCCGCAGACCCCAAGGCCGCCCUGGAGAGCCUCUACCUCGGGCUCAGCCCCGACAAGACGGCCGAGGUCUUCGCUCCGGGCGCCGUAGUGGCCGCCGCCCACCACCUGCACAACGACCACCACGCUCGGACCAUUGGCCGCUUCUCGCCCCACUGAAGCCCCUCUGCCCGGGCCUGGGAGCCGCCCUUGGUGACCGAGACAGCGACUCCCGGAACUGACCGCCACGGGGCUGCCGCCGGCACCGGAGCCGACUCUCCCGGCUCUUCCGCUGCGCUUCCGCGCUGCCCUUCCCUCCUUUCCCGUCUCCCUCGGGCCCUCCGCCUGGCCGAAUGCAGCCACUCGUCCCUACCUCAAAUGGGGCCCUCCGCCUCCGAGCGCGGAGGUCCCUGGCUGCAGCGGAGGGGGCGCCGGGCAGGGUCGCACCUGCGCCAAAGGGAGAAGAAGGGCUUUUUCCAUCGGGAGGGUUCACGCCUCGCCCCCCCCACCCGCCCCCGCUGGAGAAGAGCCUCGGCUUGUAGGGACCAGGAAGUCCGACGGGUGAGCCGGACUGAGCCAGCUGCCUCUUGCCCCAGCCCGGAGAGGACCUAGCAGCACAGGCAGCUGGCAGGGCAAGCGGCUGCAAGGUGGCCUAGCUGGGGUUCGAAAGCUGCAGACCCUGGAGGGGGUGUCUGUGAAUCACAGCCCCCCCUUCUGCCUCGGGGAGGGAUGGUGUGACAGCCCGGCCUCUUGGCGAGACCCUGACCAGGUGUGUUACCCCCUCUGGGGGCAGAAAAUGCUCGCAACGAUCCCCCUCGGGAACUCGGGAGGAAAGCUUCGCGGGAGUGGGGGGGGGGGCGUUCUUGUGGCAGCCAGACCCUGUCCUGCCUUCCUGGGCAGGGGAGAGGCCCCCCGCCCCGCCAAGGCCCUCCAGCCCCAGAAAGCCCGAAAGGCUAAGGCAGGGGAGCCGCAAAACGGCACCCUCGAGACGCCUGCCCAAUGGCAGAGGAGCCCUGCCCGGCCUCAAGCCCCCAGAAGAGGGGGGGGGAGACGGUGCAAAACCCAGUUGGCCCUCUUGGAGGGUCUUUGCCGGUGAGCAGGAGCCCCCGCCUCGCAGGCAGGCAGGCAGGGAAGGUCUGAGGCUGCUGAUUGAAAACUGCUAGUCCGCCUUGGGGGGGGGGGAGGGGAUUUCCUCAAACUUGUAUUGCAAUGUGAAAAGGAGAGGGUGCCUCUGCCCCCCCCCCGAUUGUGGGUCAAAGGGAGCGAAGGGGAAGGAAGGUAGCCCCCCUCCCCUGAAGACCCUGUCUUGUUUCCAGGAUGGGGCUCCCGGGACCCCAAUAAUACUUGACAAGGACAAAAGGCCACCUGUUUGUCUGCUUCCUUGAGGAUGGGGGAGGGUCAUCUGGGCCCCAGGGGGUCUGGGCCUUCCCUCUGUGGGGCUAGCUACCUGCCACCCGGCCUCUGCUGCACUUGUGGGGGGCCCUCGGACGGCCCACCCAGCUGCCCCUCUCCCCCACCCCACCCUUGACCCCAACCAGCCACGGAAAAAUGUGAAACUGCUCUGUCUUUGCACACCCCUCCUUGCCUCCCCCCUGCCCCCCCCUUGGGCUGUGUCUUCAUCUGAGCCAGCUGCCUCUCCCCCCAGCCCUGAGAGGGGGACCCCCACCCAAAGGAAACUCAGCACCCAAAGGGGCAGCCUUGCGUGCCUUCCGUAGCCUUGGGGAAGGGAUGCCGGGUGUUUUGUAUCGGAAUCCAAAACCAAAUAACAUUUAAGCGUCCCUCAACAAAACGGAGCAAUAAAGGUUUUUCUAA